ACUGCGCAGAACUCUAUUUACCUGCCUGUUGUUAUAGUGACCGCGCAGAUGACGUCACUUUGCGACAUUCGAAAAGAGCUGAUUUACGGUAACUUGAACUUCCGGAAAAAAAUAUCUUCACAUUUUUUCAUUAAAACUGAUGGUUUUACACUCAUAAUGACAACUAUUACAAAUAAUUAUCGCUUAUACAAACUUCUUGGAAGAUUAUCUAGAUGCUGCAUACAAACACAAUCAAGAAAUGUUACCAACUCAACAGCUAGGAAGAAAAGGGUGGAUAUAUUUAACAAAGAGAAAGAAAGACAGUUGUCGCUGAUUAGACGAAUAGAAAAAAUUCAAGUUGAACAUAAAGGGCCACCAGAAGAUUGUACACUCAUUAUGAACAAGGAUCUUUCGACUCCAUUCAAUUGUGCAAUGCAUAUUCAGGAACUGCUAAUGAACAGAUCUGUGCUAGCAUUAGUUAAUGGCAAACCUUGGGACAUGCAUCGCCCCCUGGUGGAAGACUGUGAACUGACUUUCCUGCAUGAGAAAGAUGAGGACCCAUAUCUGGUUAAUCAGGCAAUAUGGAGAAGCGGUUCCUUUAUUCUUGGUCAUAUUUUAGAAACAGCCUUUAAAGAUCAGCAUUAUGUGGAGUUAUGUUGCUUCCCCCCUCCCAGUGUUAAAAGUGGCAGCUUUAUAUAUGAUGUGGAUCUAAAAAUGCCAAAUUGGAAACCAACCAAGAUGGAGCUCAAUGUACUAUCAAGACUUGGAGGACGCUUGCAGUAUGAAGAUCUCAGAUUUGAAAGGCUGGAAGUAGACGCAUCAAUCGCUCAGAAAAUGUUCGAAGAUAACAGAUUCAAAAAAGUCCAGGUGGAGCAGAUUGCCGCAAAGUCAGACUCUGGUUCUUCCAUUACGCUAUAUCGUAUGGGGGAUCAUAUAGACAUGACAGGGGGCCCUCUCAUAAGCCAUACUGGUCAGAUCAACAGGUUUGCAGUAACAGGGAUACAUGAGAUUGAGAGUCCUGAUUAUGGAGCACUACAGAGGGUCCAAGGCAUCAUAAUACCAGCUAAUCUCAGUAUUCACUACUGGACAUUUGAGUGGCUAGCAGAAAGAGCAGCACAGUUUAAUGCGGCAGGUAUCCCUACCAAGACUGGUUAUAACACAUACAAGGCAAACAAAGAAGACAAAAUACAUGAGGAUUUAGACUUGGGAGGAUAACAGUAUAAGAUGUAUAUUAACAAUGUAUAAUUAUAAAUGGAGGAAUAAAGAGGAUACAAUAAAGGAGGAUUAAUAAUUCACAAUGAGGAUUAACUAUUUCUGAAGAUUUUAAAAUGUGAUCUUGCAAUCCAAGUGAGAUAUAUCAAUUUAAGAGCAGGCCAACAUGCCAAAAAUGGGAGAUUCAGCAUCCAUCCUUUGAGCCUUGAUCUUAUAGAGAUAAAAAAUAUGAAUUUAUCGAUUCAUUAGGCUCAAGAUGUUGGUAAAAACUGUUUUAAUUGUGAUGUUAGACUGAAAUAAAUUAGAUAAAAAUAAAUUUGGAUUAGUCUAUUUCUUAAAACUGUAAUAGUCUUUAUCCUUAUUAACAGUUAUAUCUCAAGUAACUGGUUCCAAAUGUUUGAAAAUAAUGAAUUUGGUUUUACAUUGAAACCAGGGAUUCAAUUCAAAAAUGUACAUAUUCCGAUGGUUAAUAUACUAUACCUUUUCCCUAGCUUAAGUGAAAACGACAUGCAAAAUGUCAUAAUCUGUUGUUUGUUAUUGAUGUCGAAUGCUGAACACUGUCCACAAAAAAGGUUGGA